AUGGAGCCCUCCUCGCCCUCCCGUCCGCCCAAGGACAUCGAAACGGCCUACACCAGGCCACUGGAGCCGGAGUCACCGGCCAAUUUUGUCACUGGAAAGGCUGGCAAGAGGCAGAGGAAGACUGUCACAAUGCCUCCCCCAGUCCUCAAAGGAGCCAGCGACAGCAUCCCCACGGCCACCUCUCGGCUGCAGAAGCAGUUUGAGGAGGCUCAGCAGCAACAGAACCUGCAGCAGAAGGCUCUCAUCAGAUUGGCAAAGACUCUGGACAGCUGGGUUGAGGAGGAGAAGCACAAAGACAGCUGCGAGGGAGCCGACUACCUGGGCGGGUGUUGCUCAGAGGGGGAAAACUCUGCCCUCCCUGGGGUUGCCCCUGCCAAGACUGCGGCUUCCUCGGCAGGCAGGGCUAGUGGGGCUAGCCUGCAGCCCAAAAGCGCCAGUCAGCCAGGGGGCCCCACAGGGGGCACAAAACCGCAGGAGGACCCACGAGUCCUCGUCACCCUCCAGCCAGAGAUGUGCGGCAGGCAAUCGUUGCAAACAUUCAGGGGGUGGUGGAUGUGGCCAAUGUGCCGAAGGUGGAGCCCACCAGGACAGGCAGUGGCUACUCUCUGUGAAGUCCUUGGCGCCACGGAGAUCCGGCUACCAGAGCGGUGGUACAAUUAUGCUGUCCCAGGGGUCCCAGAAUCUGUCCAGGACUGGGAAGGGGCAAGAAUCCCCACAGACAAGAUGAUUGAGGGAGAGGUUCUGGCUCAGGCAAAGGUAAAGCCAGUGAGCUGUCGACCCUCGCGUCAUGGGGUGAACCCCAAGACAGGGAAGAUUACAUGGAUUGUCUCCUUCCUUGCCCCGGUAAAAGGCUUCUCACUCUUCAAUGCCAGUGAGAGGGCCAGGCUGAUUGAGAAAAGGCCUUUGGCAGUGAGACAUAACCCAGGAUGCCAGGGGUUCUGCCACCCACCAAAGUGUGCGCGACUGGCAAGAUGCUCCAACUGCAGUGAGCCCACAAGCCAGCAUGAGGGGCCAACAGGCGCGGAGUGCAAGAGAGCGCCAAGAUGUGCCAACUGCUGCCAACCCUACCCAGCUGGGCAUCAGCACUGCCCUGCCGCACCCAGGCGCGUGAAUGGCACCCUCAGGCGCCUGACUCAAAAAGAGCUAGCAGCUGUUCGCCGCCUUGGCGACAGGUGCCACAGGGAUGCUCAGGAGCGGCAACCGCCGCCAGCACAGCCAGCACCAAUGGUCGCAGUGGUGGUGCCUACACCAACCGCUCAGUCAACCCAGUCAACACAGCCCGCUGGGCUAGCACCCCGCAAGCGGGCAGCGACUCAGAGUUCCAUCAGUGAGGAGGGUGCCACCUGGCAGAUGGCCCGCACCAGGCGACGCUCAGCUCGCACAGCAGUGCGGCAGCACAGCCAAGCAGCUAAAGAACAGUCUGACUCCAGCAUGCAGAUGGCAGGUCUGGAGGUCUUCAACCUCAUCCCGCAGGUGGACUUCGGCAGCAGCUCACCAAGUGACUCCUCAUGCUAG